AUGAGGAAGAUACUCCUCUCAUUCGUCCUCCUUGCCAGCCUCUUGGGCUGUCUUGCCCAGAGAGAUCUUGAAAAGAAGGCGUUAAUUUUCCCGGGAGCGACCAAAACGGCACAUGUAGUCUUGAAGACCACAAUACAACGUCCUUUGACCAGCCUCACACUCUGCGUGAGGUUCCACACAGGCCUGACCCGCAGCUACAGCCUCUUCUCUUACGCCACCAAGAGCCACAGCAAUGAGAUCCUCCUCGUGGCGCUGAAUCCCAAGCAAUACAAGUUUCAUCUGGGGAGUCAUGAGGUGAUCUUCACCGUUCCAGAAGCAUUGAACACCAACUCUGUCGAGAAGCACGUCUGUGUGAGUUGGGAGUCUGCCACGGGCCUAGCGGAGCUCUGGGUGAACGGGCAAUCUUUGGGCCGGAAGAACUUGGUGAAAGGACACUCUAUCCGACCAGGGGGAUCCAUUGUCCUCGGCCAAGAUCAGGAUUCCGUUGGAGGCAGCUUCGACAUCCAGCAGUCCUUUGUUGGGGAGAUCCUGGGCGUGUACAUGUGGGACCGUGUUCUGUCUCCUGACCAAGUAGGCCCGGCCUUGUACAACACCAAUCUCCCCAGCUCCGUGAUUAACUGGAAAUCGUUAAGCUACAAAAUCGAAGGGGAUGUUUUUGUGAAACCUGCUCUUUCUGCUGUCUUCAGAGCUGUUGAGUAGACUUUGCAAAAAAAUGUCAUACAGGAGGAGUGAUUUCCUCAAUGUUUCUUCGCUUUGGUUCAGCAAAGAUUGCUUACUCUGUCGGUUUCAGUGCUUCCCACCCAAUGAGAAAACCUCCGUGAAAAUGGUCAAUUCUGCAUUCUCCAAUAAAAGACUGUGCUUUA